UUACUGACAUUAGCCGACAAAGCUUGUGCGAAGGCUCGCGCGGUAAAAACAAUAAUCUUGUUAAGGUUUUCGUGGAACGUGAUGCUUCAACUCUUAUUAGCUUUGUAACUUUAUCCAGAUUUAAUUGUUUCAGUGGGGAGUGCGAGUGGCAGGAUGCACUUCACUCUGUGCGUACUCAUCACCGCGACGUGCGCGUUUGCCGAUAACAAUCAAAACAGGCGAACGAAAUUACCAUACGUAGCUGAUGCCGUUGGCAACAGUCUUCCGCCACCAUCAAGUGUACCAGCAACGGUGGGAAGUCCAGUAAAUUUGCUUACGCCAGAUAGAUAUGAAUUUUAUACCUUUGAUGAAUCUGGUGAACUUGUUAAAAGAUUAAUGACUUUAGAAGAAAUACAGGCUAUAGUAGCGGCAGGAGAAGAAACAGACGGAUUAGUUACUUUCGCUAAUGACAAUCAACCCACAAUAGCCUUCAACUUUAGCCAACCGUCACACACGAAAGUACACAGUGUUGUUACUAAUGUUCAAAAUGUUUUGAAAUCUCAAAUGGAAGCUCAUAAAAAUAAGCCAAACGUACAACCAACAUUUGAUACUCCAGAUGUUUCAGAUUCUUGGAGUCUGAUCUUACCUUCGAUAUUUGGCAACACAGGGGUAGAUAUAGUGCCAGAUAAAACAUCGGGUUCAUUUAUUACACCUGAGACAGACACUAUCGAUAUAGAUAACUUAAAUAUGGACUAUGAAAAUUCGCAAAGUAAAGAAAGUAAUGAAAUACCCAGUGUUUCAACGCCCGAAAUUAAGGACAAAAAUAAUAAUAUCACUGCAAAACCGUUAAUUGAAGUUUCUCUCACUACGAGUACUACAACUGAAUUACCUACAACAACUACUACCACUACUACUACUACAUCAAAGCCUUUCACUACAACUUUGAAGGUAACUACAACUACGACUAAACAGCCUGUUAGAAAAACAACAAGUAAGCCAAUAGUUAGAACAACAACAAAUUGGCCAAAAUCAACAAGUUCAACAACGACUAUGCGACCUACAACUACAACAACAACAAAGUCUAUAAUAUCUACAACUAACAAAAUCUAUUCAUUGCAUUCAACACAGCAAUUUUUAAAUACUGCUAAUAUAAAUGAGAACAAUAUUUCUAUUGGAAACUUAACAGCAAAGCCAGUCCAAUAUGAGAAAAUAAGUACUUUUUCGCCUGUUUCCACAACGGCAAACAUUGCUGAAACAACAACAAAUUUGUUAAACAAUAAGCAAACAGUAUUUUCACAUGAAAAUAUAACAAACAUUCCAUCAAGCAUAAUAUUACCCUCGCCUUUAAAAAAUAAUGACAAAGAAUAUGAAAAUAUUUUAACGAUCAAUACAACACAAUCCGUUUCACCCUUAACAACAACAUCAACAACAGAAUUAAUAUCGCCACAAAACAAUCAAAUUGAAAGCAAUGUAAACGUAAGUAGCCAAACACAAGCAGAUGAAAGUGAAGAUAUAGAAAGUCAGACUUCUUUACCAUUAUUUGAUGUGGCUCAGAGUAUAAGUCAAAUAGCCUCUGAUCUUGGCAACAAUUACGCCCCUAUACCAACUUCAAAUAGUUUAUUAGAUACUACAAAAAUAAACAAUAUUGAUAUAGAGAGCAAGGAGAACGUAGAAAUUGAAAUACCUAUUGAAAAUGCAAAUGAAAAUGAAAUCAAAGCAAACCAUACUAAAGAAUCUGAUAAUUUUGUAAAAAUAUCUACCAUUGACCCCCACAUAAAAAAUGAAAAUACUGAAGAAAAAGUUUUGGAUAUCAAAGAAGUGCAGACUACAUCUUUACCCUCAAGCACGACUGCAAUAUUAAGUACAACUAACACUCCUAUGAUGGAUCUUAUUCUCACAGGUUCAGUAGAUGAUUUAAUAUCUCAAGUAGUAAAUGAAGGUCCAGCUCCUACAUCAAUAGCUUCUUAUGAAAAUAAUACAAAAUCAGAUGAAAGUAUUAAAGGAACGGAGGAGAACUUAUACUUGACUCAUGAUUCGUUGAGUAUUGACACCACAAUUACGAAUUUAGUUAUUGAUACUACAAUACUUCCACCACACAUUACUGCUCUUCCUCUUAAGAAAAAUAGCGAUGAGAAAACCAAUGUAAUAAAAGAAUUUAAAGACGAAAAUAUUGUUAUAGAAAACGAUACAUCAAAAAAUACAAUGAAUAAAAAUAUCAGUACAAUAAAAAAUGUUCUACAUUCUAAUAAUUUGAAUCCCAGUAAUAUAGGAAACAGUAGUAGUAUAUUGCAUAUACACGUUAAUAAUAAUAACUUGACCGAUUCUGGAGAAAAAAAGAAGGUGGAUAUGAAUUCAGAAAGUAUUAAGGCAGCGGAUAAGAUCGAGUCAUCUACGCUUAUUAAUUUGUCUACUGAAAGCAAUAUUGUGACGUCAGUCUUGCCAGACAUCACUACUCAACAAAAUAAUAAGGUUAACAAUAAAUUUCAGAAAUUGGAAAUAGAAAUACCAAAAUUUGAUGAAUUCAAAAAGAAAAUACAAAAAGUAAAUAUUGACGAAAAAGAGUUAGCAAAUGAAAGGAAUAACUCCUGGAAAUUAAUAUCAACUGUUACACCACCAAAAGUUUAUGAUGUAAGUAAAGAUAAACACAAAGUUGAAGGUUUUUAUAUACCCGAGAGUAAUGAUAAGGGCAUUACUUUAGAGUUUCCUAAGGAAAAUCAGGGGCUAGAAGUAACGACUAAGGACUUAGGUGAAGACGUACUACAAUUCACGGAGCUUUGCAAUGAAUUAGCGUUUAGAUAUUGGAAUGUCAUAACUGAAAAUAUAGACAAAAAACGAAGCAUUGUUUUUUCUCCUUAUUCUAUAACGUCAAUGUUAGCAAUGAUGUUUAUGGGAGCAAAAGGAGCAACUUCAGGUGAAAUGAAUGAAGUUCUUAAGUUAGAUGAUAUGGUUACAUUCAAUCCACAUUUUACACUAAAAAAUAUAUCUGACUCCAUCGAAACUACUUCUGCAUCUGGAGUAUCUGUAUCAGCAUUUAUAAGAGAGCUCUACAGUGAAAGAACUAAAGGCAAAAUUUUAACAUUUUAUAAAGAAAGAGCGCAACACUUUUAUAAUGGUCAUGUUGAAGAAAUAAAUUUCAAGUUAAUUAGUGACAUUAUAAGGAGAAGAACUAAUCUACUUGUGAAAAGAUAUACAUGGGGUAAAAUUGCUGAAUAUAUGAAAUCCAACAGUAUAACUAUGCAUCCUCCAUUGGCAGCAUUUUCGGCUAACAUUUUUCAUACUGACUGCAGUGGAUCAUCUGUGGAAGGAAGAGAUGGCGAGAUGUAUUUCGUAGUUUCACCAAAUGUGCGUCAGAGGCGUUUGGUCCCUGUACCAGCUGUCGUCUUUAAGAGUAAUUUCCUUGCCGGCUACGAUCCAGUUUUAGAUGCCACAGCUGCUGCACUAGGCAAUACAAAUUCUGUUGUUAGCACACUUUUCUUAAUGCCCGGCCAACAAGGAAACGUUGUACAUGCGGAAGAUUUAGAAAACCUUGAAAAACGAUUUCUAGACUCUGAUCUAAGUACACCAGCAUGGAAUCAAUUAUUAAGAACCCUUUUACCACGAAAUGGCUUAGAACUGCAAAUCCCAAGAUUGUCUCACAAAUCAAUUUUUAAUGUUUCCUCUACAUUACGUAAAAUGGGCUUGAAAGAAUUAUUUGAUGCAAAUCACGCCGAUUUAGGUGGAAUGAACGGUCCAUCGAAGGAUCUUUAUUUGUCUGAUAUGAUACAAUUGACAUCUUUUGUUACGUGUGGUGAAGGUGUUAUUGGAGAACAGCAUCAUAUAGAAGAAUACCCUGAAACAUUAGAUCUUUCACAUAAGCAUAGAACUUCCAGGUGGCUUACUGGAUGGGAUGAACCACGAGAUUAUCAACGGGCUUUCCAUGAUCCCCAUGAUGUAGGUGACGCUAUGCACUUGCCGUUACACCUUCGACCAAGGCAAGCAAGACUCCCUGCAAGAAAUUCUCAACCAGCUCGUUUAAAAUUCGAUAGGCCUUUCCUCUUCUUUGUACGACACAACCCUUCAGGCAUGAUUCUUUAUGUUGGUAGAUAUAAUCCAAGGCUUCUACCUUGAAGGUUUAGAAAAGACUGCUAGUUUAGUUUAAUUUACUAUAUUCCUAAAAGGAAAGUGAUGAGGUAUAAUGGUGAGUGUGAUAUAUGUAUGACGUAUGUGUAUGAAAUUAUUCACUGUAUUAACAUUUAUGUGACAGUAUUACGGUUUAUUGGA